UAGGCGCGUCUUCUUGAGUUUUAUUUAUUACCUUCUGUAAAGUAUAAAAUUAAGGAAAAAUAUGCACUAUUAAAACUACGCGUUUACCAUAAUGUUUUACCAUUUGUCACUGGAACAUGAAAUCUUGUUGCAUCCUCGAUAUUUUGGACCUCAAUUGUUAGAUACAGUAAAACAAAAACUUUAUACUGAAGUUGAAGGAACAUGUACUGGGAAAUAUGGCUUUGUUAUAGCUGUGACCACAAUAGAUAACAUAGGUGCAGGGCUAAUACAGCCCGGGCAAGGGUUUGUUGUGUACCCUGUCAAGUAUAAGGCUAUUGUAUUUAGACCUUUCAAGGGUGAAGUACUAGAUGCAAUAGUCACCCAAGUUAAUAAGGUUGGGAUGUUUGCUCAAAUUGGUCCACUGAGCUGUUUUAUAUCACACCAUUCCAUUCCAGCAGAUAUGGAGUUUUGUCCUAAUGUAAAUCCGCCUUGCUACAAGAGCAAACAGGAAGAUAACGUCAUCCAGGAAGAAGACGUCAUCCGGUUAAAGAUUGUGGGCACAAGAGUUGAUGCUAGUGGCAUUUUUGCAAUCGGAACACUCAUGGAUGAUUAUUUGGGUCUUGUGACUCAGUAACUUUAAAAUAAAAUUAAGUAUUUUAUUAUUGUAAUGUAAGAAUAUG